CACACACACACACACACACACACACACACACACACAGAGGGAGGGAGGGAGGGAGGUAGAUAACUCUGUGAUUCCACUGCUGAAUUUUUAACGCUGUUGUGGAACUUUGUUUUCCAGGCGGGUUACUGUGGAACCAGGGUACUGUUACACUGAAAGAGACAGCGAGACUGAGGCUGCAGGGACACUGGACCGUUCAUGGGGGUGCACGGUCUGUCCUGUCCUGAUGCCGUUACCAUAGCAAAAUGACCCUAAACACCCAGAGAGAGAAGAAGCCCCUGCGGCGGCGAGGCAGCACGCCGGUUCCUCCCACCCAUUUCUACCAGCACCCGUCCUGGACUCGGGACCUUCAGGACCUUCAGGACCUUCAGGACCCCAAGCAGCCGCGCCCCCAGCGCAGCCACCCUCCUCUGGGACAAUCGGCGUCCUACCACCCUGGAGACAAGUCACUCCACUACCGCGCCCAGUGGAGUUCGGACUCGGACGACGACUCGCAAAGCGACUCAGAUUGUGUUUACAGAGUGGUGUUGCUAGGGGACCAUGGCGUCGGAAAGACCAGCCUCGCAGGAAUCUUUGCUGGGAUCACAGAGAAAGAGGAACAACCUGGAGAGGACACAUACGAGCGGACACUGACAGUAGAUGGAGAGGAAACCACACUCAUCGUCAUGGAUACCUGGGAGAACGACAAACUGGAGGAAGAGGGCGACUGCUCUCGGGACGACUGUCUGAAAGUCGGGAGUGCUUACGUCAUCGUCUACUCCGUCACCGACCGCUCUAGCUUCGACGCCGCCGCCGAGCUCCGUAUCACCCUGCGACGCACCCGCCAGGCCGAAAACCUUCCCAUCAUUCUCGUGGGCAACAAGAGCGACUUGGUCCGGUCUAGAGAAGUCGCAGUGGAAGAGGGCCGAGCUUGUGCCGUGGUGUUUGACUGCAAGUUCAUCGAGACGUCGGCAUCUCUGCAGCACAACGUGACCGAGCUGUUCGAGGGCGUGAUCCGACAGAUCCGCCUCCGCCGGGACGGCGGCGAGGCCGUCCAGCGCCGAUGCUCCAUCUACAAGCGCAAAGAGAGUCUCACUCAGAAGGCUCGGCGCUUCCUGGACCGACUGGUGGCACGCAACAACCAGCGCAUGGCGGUCAAAGUGCGCUCCAAGAGCUGCCACGACCUGGCCGUCCUCUAAGGACAUGUGUCUACCAGAAAUGUCAGGUUGGAGCUUCUUUGGCUUAGUGAAGCUCUCUCGGUUUGUUAUAUCGGGGACGAUGGCGUUCAGCAAUUCAACAACAAAGAUCAACAACAAAAAGAGUCAGCAGACUGUUAGCCUACGUACAUCACUGUGAUCACUGUGAACAAUUCUAUUUCCUGUUUGAGCAUUUGGUCUCACAAUGUUUGUGACUUUGCCUCAAAAAACUGACUGUGUGUGUGUGUGUGUGCGCGCGUGUGUGUGUGUACACAUCAGGAUGUCCGGUAGUUUCCACUGUGUACUCUGUUCUGUUUCUUGAGGUUUCAACAGUUUUCAGUUCAACACUGUGCAGAAUAAAGUCUUAAAGAAACAGUC